CUCGCUGGCGCAGAGUUCGACAAACUCCAGUCGCAGCGCGAACCGUCCGACUAACGCGCGGGCAUUUUGAAUUUAUAAAACUUUUAUAAUUCCGCAAUUUUGAAUUUGACGCUUUCUGACGAGAAACUCGGAUGUCAAAUUUAGUGGAGCGUGUCUUGUGUGUGUGUGGAUUUGUUUUGUUCACAAAUUUUGGGUGCCACAGAGUAAAAAUAUGAAACGACAGCGGACUGCAGUACUACUGGCACUACCGCGUAUAGUGUGCAGCUGAGAGUGUCGCGCGUUGAAAUCUAAUGUACUGUGACCAUGUACGCGAAAGUGAUUCUUGUGUUUGGUGCUUUUGUUGGGACGGCGAUAUGUUGCAACUUCUAUCCUGCCGGGGAGUACCUGAAGUUCGUGCGGAUCCCGGAGAACCUGGACGUCGGUGAGGAGGUGCUGCAGGUGGAGGUGCAUCCCAGAAAAAACCUGGUGCUGCAGGCGGUGGACCGGGAGGAGGACGCGCACCUGUUCACUUACCGCGACGUGAAUCGCACGCACGUGUCCGUGGUGCUGGCGCAGAGCGUGGACGCGCUGGUGGACAGCGACUCUCCGCAGAACGUGGUGAAGUUCCGGCUCGGCUGCGACUUCGACACCGGCGACGAUCUCAUAUCCGCGUUUCUGUCAGUGACAGUGUACAUCGAGGACAUCAACGACAACGUGCCCAAGUUCCUCGACACGCCCUACCGCGUCGCCGUCGACGAGCUCACUCCUACUGGUCUCACGAUAUUCAAAGGCAUCCACGCGUUUGACCGCGACAAGCCCAACACUCCAAACUCUGACGUCCACUACAGCAUCACGGCUGGUGAUGAAGAGGGUCGCUUUGCUCUGGAGAGCUCGCACAAACCAGCUCUCGUCCUCAACAAGCCCCUGGACUUUGACACCGGCGACAAGGAGUUCCUUCUUGUUAUUACUGCUUCGGACCGUGGAUCUCCCCCUCGUAGCUCCAACACGACAGUACAUAUUUUGGUGCAAGACAACGAUGACCUCCCUCCGAAGUUCACCCUUGAUGUCUACAGAACCAAGAUAACGGAGUUUUAUCCUAUAUUAGGUAAAAGGAUCCACAAGGAGCUUGUGUUCGAGCAGCCGCUCCGCGCGUUCGACCAGGACGCGGGCGUGGCGGCGCCGGUGCGCUACGAACUGGUCUCCGGCAACGAGCGCCGCCUGUUCCUGCUCAGCGCGCUCAACGGGAGCCUGUUCCUGGAGAAAGAGGUGGAUUUGGAUGCUGAACCUCCUUUGCCCGGUAACACAUUCGUCCUACAAAUUCAAGCAUCGCAAGUGGACAACGCAUUGAAGACGGCAGUCGCGCGCGUUGAAGUCGAGAUACUGGAUUUGAAUGACAACCUGCCGGAGUUCGAAGUGGAUUUUUAUAACAUCAGCAUUGUUGAAAAUUUACCUAAUGGUUUCAGUGUUUUACAAGUGAUGGCCACAGAUAAGGAUCAAGGAGACAACGGAGAGUUUACCUUCCAAUUGAACGAUCCAAGAGGUGCGUUCUCUAUUGAUCCUAGAACUGGAUGGCUCACUGUCAGGAAUCAAAGUGUACUGGAUAGAGAACAACAUUCGUCAUUACGAAUGAAAGUAUAUGCGAAGGAAAAGAAUCCAAGUGUAGUUGGAACAUUCCUAGACAAGCAAAGACUGUCCAAAUGGCACCGAAACCCCACAAUUAGAACACCAGUAAAAGACAAAACAACAUACGUAUUUCCUGAUAAACUUGGAACCAGUAACGAUAACAUAGAAUUCAUGGAAGAAAUACAUCAGUUAAUGUCAUUUGUGACAGUAGAAGUAACUCUACUAGAUGCUAACGAUAAUAACCCAGUUUUUAUACCAAGUAAUUUAUACGAAUUCUCAGUUCGAUUUGACGCAGAAAUUGGUACUGAAAUUGGUAAAAUAAAAGCAGUUGAUCCAGAUUUAGGUAGAAAUGGCAUAGUGUUAUAUGAUUUACAACGAACUAGUAAUUUAACUAUUACAUCGCCAUUUCAAGUUGAUGCUAAGUCUGGAGUGAUAACUUUGGUAGAAUCUCGAUUAUUAGAAGGUAGGCAUGCUCUUUUUAUUGAAGCAUCUGAUCAGCCUGCAAAUCCGAGUGAAAGACGAUAUUCGUUAGCGGUUGUUACGAUUGAUGUUACUGGAAAUCGAAAAGGUUCAAAAUCAGACAAACCUAACUUCAUAGGUGCGCCAUAUGAAUUUUGGGUUGGAUCUAAUGUAGGUGUCGGUACAAGUGUUGGUCAAAUAAAAGUAAAUGAUGCUUCAGAAAAAAAUGACGUAACUUACGAUUUGUUACAUGGAUAUGAAGAAGGAGUGCCUUUUGCAGUAGAAGAGAGGUCAGGUGUAAUCACAGUUAUAAAUGAACUUUCUAAAUUCGAAAGACCACUGUAUGACUUUGAAGCCGUAGCAAUACUUGAAAAACUAAACGUAACAAUAACAACUAAUGCAACUGUCCACGUGGUUGAUGUAAAUGACGAGAGAGGUGUUUUUUUGAAAGGAACACAUUCGCCGUUUGUGUUUCAUGUCAAGGAAAAUAUAGCAGGUGCCACUAUUGGACAUAUUUUCCCCGUUAAUGUUAGUUCAUUUGAUUCCAAUAGUGGAAACAUUAAGUUUUUGAUUGCCAACCAACAAGACGUUGCUGAUGAAAUAGCUAUAGGGCCCGAUGGUACUAUCUAUGCACAGAAAGCAUUAGACAGGGAAAAAAGAGAUACAUACAGGAUGACGGUAAUUGUUGAAUUUAAUAAGGGCGUUAUCUCUGGAGCAGGUUUAUAUCAAAUCACAAUUCACGUAGAUGAUGAGAAUGAUAAUCCACCUAUUUUUGAAAUGUUAUCAUAUGAAGGUAUGAUUACUGAGAAUGCAAAAACAGGAACAGAAGUUACAAUGACAAAUAAAAUACGAGCAAAAGAUUCAGAUACAGGCCAAAAUGCUGUAUUUAUGUACACUAUUUUUGGGGAUGGACAUGAUCUAUUUAGUAUUACUGAAGAAACGGGUAUAGUGUCAUACAUUGGUAAUAAAUUAGAUAGAGAAGAAAAAAGUGUAUAUUCCUUGAAAAUUGUGGCAAGAGAUAAAGGUAGUUUAAAGUCAGAAGCAAAGUUAACGAUCACAGUAUUAGAUGAAAAUGAUAAUGCACCUAAAUUUAAUCAAAUAAUAAUCCCAUUGGGAGAACCAGUCGAUUUAUUAGAAGUUGGUGAAACUGCAGUAGUAAAAAUAUAUAAAGAAACACUAAAUAAUAUAACUAAUAAUGUGAGUAAAGUUGAAGCCAAACCAAAGAAUAAAUACCCUAUGACGACAGAUUCACCUCUUUUUCUAAUGCCAGAAAAUAUUGCUAUAGGAACGACUGUAUUAAAGUUGAUUGCUGUAGAUAUGGAUAGUGGAUUAAACGGUCAAAUAAGGCAUGAAUUUACUUCUGAGGUCUUUUUACCUCCAUAUACUUUACCACCUAAUCUAUUACAAGUCAAAAGAUACUUCGUCAUAAAUGAAAAGUAUGGGCAUAUUAUUGUUGCAAGGGCCUUACCGCCUGAGUCAGAGUUUAGAUUAAACGUUACUGCAUUGGAUGGUGGAGAAUUAAACGAUCAGAUUACAAUACGAUUUUUUGUUAAAGAUGUCAACGAUCACUUCCCAAUGUUUAAAAAAUCAUGGUAUAACUUCAACGUAGAAGAGGCUCAGUAUAGUAGAAGAGUAUUGGGUAAAGUUGAUGCAACCGAUGCCGAUUUUGGUCAAAAUGCUAAUUUAACGUAUUAUUUACAACCUUCAGGUAAAGACAUUCCUUUUGAAAUUUCCCCUCUAAAUGGUGUGUUUAGUGUCAGUGGUGUUCUAGAUAGAGAAAAAGAAGAUAAAUAUACGUUGACGGUAGUAGCACGUGAUAACGGAAAUGAUAAAAAAUUAUCAUCUUCAGUGAGUGUAGAAAUUCAAGUAUUAGAUAUUAAUGACAAUGCUCCUAAGUUCUAUGCAUAUGAUGAUUUAUUAGAGUGGAAACAUCCAGAAGCAGAAGAAAUUUCAAAUCAUAACUUUGAGUCAGUGAUGAUGAUACCAGUCUACAAGGCAACUUUGGAAGAAAAUGCACCCAUAGGUACUACAAUUACAAGAAUUUAUGCAAAUGAUUCUGAUUUUAUUGGAAAUGGAAAUGGUCUAAUCCUUUUUAGUUUACCUCAAAGAAAGAAUCAGCUUAACAUGUUCUCGAUUGAUUCCAAGGAAGGUAUACUAACAACAACAACUAAAUUAGACUAUGAAAGUCAAAAAGUACAUAAUGUUACAGUAGUCGCAUCAGACCUAGGAUCACCAAGUUUGAGCUCUACUGCAAUAGUUAUGUUAAGUAUAAUUGAUAUACCAGAUGAGAUUGAAGUUUCCGAUAAGCCGGUAUUUAUAUCAAGAUACUACGAAUUAGAGAUAGAAGAAAAUGUUCACACUCCAGUUGAGCUGGUGACUGUCAACUUAACAGAAUAUUAUGAAAACUUUAAAAUGAAAUAUUUUAUCCAAAACGAAAACGAUACAGAUAUAAAGAAAACAUUUGUUAUCGAUCCACGUAACGGUACAUUAUAUCUUAUCAAAAGUCCCGAUCGGGAAUACAGGAGUACUUAUGAAAUCAUAGUAAGGGUUGAAAGACAAAAGAUUAGUAGAGAACUACCUCACAUGAUUUAUCCAGUUUCAGAUGAUAUCCUCGAAGGGAUGUCUAAGUUUGAUGUAAAAGUAGUUGUGAGAAUUAAAGAUGUAAAUGACAACGCACCUAGAUUUAUCAAUGGUGGACGACCCAUGGUCACAGCUAUACCCACUACUGCACCCUUUGGCUAUGAAGUUAUUCAGUUGCAGGCAACAGACCCAGAUGUGGGCAUCAACGCAGACAUUCGCUACCAGCUCAUAAACUCUGAAGGGGGUCGGUUCACGGUGGAGCCCGUGUCGGGACGAGUGCGCGUGGCGGGCAGCGUGGCGCGCGCGGCGGGACGAGUGCUGGGCUUCGAUGUGAAGGCGACUGACAGACGCGGCGCUGACGAUGGCCGAUCUGCUAUCGUUAACGUUUUUGUUUAUGUGCUGGAUGAAAACAAGCAAUUAGUAAUGGUCAUAGGUGCCAAGCCAAUGGAAGUUGAGUCAGAGAUGGACAGUAUUGUGAAACAUCUCUCCAACAUAACAGGCUUCGACGUCAGAGUGAGACGACUGGAAUCAAGUGCGAAGGCUUCUAUGGAAGGUUACGCAACGGACAUGUAUAUUUACGCCGUUGAUCCUAUAUCUAAUUCAAUCAUCGAUAUGGAGGUCCUUCAAAAAUCAAUAAUGAAAAGAGAAACUUCUCUCCGCCACAACCUGGCCGGCUUCAGAGUUAUAGAAGUGGGAGGUACCACCAUGGUACAGGCCAGGAGUGUUCAAAUGUUGAGUACAAUGGAAAUAAGUGUAGUGGCUUUGGGAUGUCUAGUGUUCAUCGGCGCUUGCACUACCGCUAUAUGCAUACUGUGCUUUAGGAAGACACGACGAAAUCGCCACAAACCAUUUUCCCAACAACGUCUUAACGCUUUCUCAACUGAGCAUUUAACUAAAUACGGAGGUCUUUUCCCAUCUGGAAACAAUCAGUGCCAGGAAUUGAAUCAGUCUUACAGUGAGGCUGAUUCCUACAUCGAUGUAAUAAACCAGAGCACGUUAAAGAAAACCUGUCCCCAUGGCAACACGGUGGAAGAAUUUGGGAAGGCUCACCAGAAAUGUGUGAAAGGGCAAUUUGCUGAUAUAAAUGCAAAAGAAAAACACGAAAGGAUUUGUAUUAAAUUCAAUCAGCGACCUCUGCAGAAGAGGAAGGGCCAUGACACGUCGCUAACGUCAGUGCAUUCCAGCGGACAGGACUCCGGCAUCGCGGACGCGCGGUGCGACUGCGGCCGCUCCAACGUCCACACCUCGGAGGAGAGCAGCGGAUGCAGCUAUGAAGACUCGCUUAAAUCGAAUCACAAUCAAGAAAGAAAACUAUUUCGCACUGAUGCAGCAAACAGAUUCAUACGACGUGCUUCUUUCAACAAUCAACCCUUAGACGUUCGAAGAUACAAUCAUCGACGGCAAAGUUUCUCUGAGAAUUUACAGAAACAUUUCCCAACUUUUGAGAGAAUUGGUUCAGGAAAUGUAUCUAGACAAAUUUCUUCACCCAACGUGAACUCACAACCUUAUUUCUUGAAUUCCAAGAAAAAGUAUAGAAAUGAUGUUGUCAAUGAACCAAUGGUCGAUUAUGAUCAUAGUGAAGUAGACGAUGUUUUCGAUACUAAUCUAGAUAGAAGGUUGAAUUCAAAGAACAGAAAUAAUAGUAUGUUAGAUUUAAAUCAAACAGUAUUUGUUGCUACUCCUGCAACAGCGGAAAUUAUGAGGAGAGGCAGUGAAAGAAUCAUGUUUGCAAGACCCUUAUAGUAUUUAGGAAAACAUAUUAUAUAUCUGUUAUUGAUUUGUAAAAAUAUAUGAUAGAGGCUAUAGACUUAAGGUUUAAAAGUACAUGAUUCAUACAUUAAUAAUGAACAGCGCUCAAUUCAAUUAUUUUGCUAUAACUGCUAAAAAUGAUUUAACUUUUAGUUAUUUUAGAAUUUAAACUGAUGUGUUUAUUUCAUAGUAAUGUUUAAUAGUUAAAGGGCUUAACUCCUUAAAUAUUGACAAAAUAUUGUAUACUAUAAAAAUAAGAGCUAAUGGGGGGUUUUGUAAAUAGUGCGUUGAAAGAAUAAAUUUUUAUUAAUUACAAGAAAAAAACUGAUGAUGAUUGAUUCUAAACUUGAAAGUGAUACCUACUGAUGAGAAUUCGUAAUAAAACUUAAGCGAAUCGAGACACUAACCUUUAUCUACUGUUAAUUAAAUAAGUUAUGAUUUCAAAUUGUCUUACCUGAAAAUCUCACUAAAGUAGUAGAAAUAGUACCUACUUUAUAUUUAGAUAAAAUAUUUCUAAACAAACGCAGUGUAUUUGUUCUAAUCAGUUUUAGUGAGAUAAAUCAGCAUAAUAUAUUUAAAUGAUGAUUCAUUUUGGUUACCUCAUUGUAAUUUGUUUUUAUUACAUUUGCCCAUUGAUAAAACAGAUACUUCUAUGAUAUUAACAAUUGUCCUUCGACUGAUUUACGAGUAUUACGAUAUGAAAGCUGCCUUGAACAGAAUUGUUAUGGCUUGCUAAUCCUAACAAGUUUCCAUGGUAAUAAGUCUGACCAAAUUUGGACAAAGCUUUUCGACGAGUAGGUACACAAAGGCAAUAUUGAUUCUAUACUCGUAUUCGACUUUUCACUACCACCCGACGUUAAACAUAAAUUUAUUUAAAUAUACAGAGCAAAUAUUUGCAGACAAUCUUACUAGGACUGUGCUGUGCUGUUUCAUUGCUAAUUAUAUUAUUAAACUAAUGUAUUUUUAUUAAUAAGCUUAGACAACAUAAUUUCUAGAUAUUUAUUGCACAUCUCAUUGGAUCUCAUCGGAUGACAGAUUAGAAAUUUGUUCUAUAUUGACCCAUCGCAAAAUUUUGAUUGAAAACUGAAAAUCAAUUAACACAGUAAUUGAGUUGCCGAAAACGAAAAUGUCCGAUUUGAAGGUGACGAGAACCGAAAUACUGCGGUUAAUGAACAAGAGAAAAUGUUUCAUUUAGAAAAUUAAUUAAGAAAUUACAAUUUCGUAUUCUUUCGACGAGAGUAAUUCAAACAGUGUUUGAAUUAUUAAAUUCUAGCUAUUUAGAUGAUUAUGAUUAAAAUAUUUUGU